CAAGAAGCAAGCAAAGCAAGACAGCUCAUCACCAUCCACUAACACAACCCACCGAACAAACAGCAGAACAGCAGGUUCAUUUUUCCGUCGACAGCUGCGAAAGACAACAGCAAAAGCAAACAGCAAGGCAACAACCCCAGAACCCUUCUCCCCUUGUCACAUCAUCAUGCAGCGUUGGCAGCAGCAGCCGCGUCGGUGCAGGGCGCGCGUGGACGACACGACUUCUGCGGCCACCACGACCUCAUCCGCCACCCUCAUGACCAGGAGGCGGCCAACCGGACAGCACGGCCCACCAGCCACGGCGCCAGAGCUGCCUCCCCCACGACGCACCGCUUCUUGUCACGUCUCCUCCAAGAACAGGCACACCUGGAUGAACACAAACCACCAACAACGACCACAACAUCACCACCAACAACAACCGGACACUGCCCCGUCCGGACAGCAGGACAGCGACUAUGACCACCCCACCGUCAUCCCAGAUGCGUGUGGCACCAUGAUCAACAGGACAGCAACUUUGAGCAUGAUCAACAGGACAAGAACCUUGAGCACCACCAACAGCAGAGGAGUGGCCCCUCCACCAACAACAGGCAACAGCCACGACAACGACGAUGACGACAACGACGACGACGACGGGUUAGAUGACUACAGCCACCCCACCGUCACAGGCCUCGCUCCAUCACAACCGUCGUUCAGGUGCAGCAGCACCACCACCACCACCAACACCACCAGCAACAAGCACGAAGGGUACAGCCACCCCACCGUCACAGGCCUCGCUCCAUCACAGCCUUCGUUCAGGCGCAGCACCAGCAGCAGCACCAGCGCCACAACCACCAACAGCAACACCAUCAACAAGCACGAAGGUUACAGCCACCCCACCAUUGCAGGACUCACCCCGUCUGUGUCUGGCAAGGCCGCGACCAUCACCACGACAGCCCGCCGGACCUCCUCCACCCUCGGUCGAGCCCCUGCACUCCCACCGCCGCGUCGCUCAACCCUGUCUACGCAACCGCUCUCCCACACGCUCGGAAAGGCUUCUCGCCCAUCUCCGCCAUCGCCACCGCCUCCUCCACUGCGCCCUCGCGUGGCGUCAGUGUCCGCCAGUUCACCGCAGCCACCAGCCCCUCCCUUGCCACCGAGAACCAGUGGAGCGACAUCGCCCAACGACAAGCACAGCAACAACAGCGCAGGCAGCGCCUCCCGACAGGUCUACGUUGUGCCAGUGGCUUCUUCCUCUCCAGCACCGCCGCCGCCCCUGCCCCCACAACGCCGCCAGCAACCACCGCCACCACCACUACCGCAGCAGCAACAGCAGCAGCAACAGCAGCAAGAAGAGGACUACGCGGCCGUCUACGACGUCCCUUCAACCCCGCCCCAGCUCCCACCCAAACAGCAGCAGCAACCGCAGCAGCACGCGUACAACGACGUGCAACUCAUCUCUUCCUCCUCUUCGGGUUCACAGCCGCCCCGUGAUGAUGACUACGACCACCCAGCCGUUGUCCUUGGCGCCUCCGCUCCCGCGCCAACGACACCGACGUUCACCUCCUCGGCCACACUCAAUCACAACAGCAGCAAUAGUAGCAACACAACUAACGCUGAUGCCACGUGGCCGCGUGUUUCGCCCAGAACACAGAGCCUGCACGCACGGUCCGCCAUGUCGCUUCCGCCGGCGAGUAAGGAGGAAAAGUACAAGUCCAUGUAUGGCGUGCGGAGCGCAAGCAAGAAGCUGGCAGCCACACAGGCAACCUCCUUUCGCAACAACAGGAACAGCAGCAUCAGCCACACCAAGACCAACACCGGCCACCCCUUGAAUGGCCUCUUCCGCCGCCAACAAGCCAGCAUGCAGCCUCGACACUAGGACAAUGCCAAGCACGUGCCCAACAUGAAAUGAAGCUAUCGGAGCAUAAUCGAUGUGUGUGUGUGUGUGUGUGUGUGUGUGUGUGUGUGUGUGUG